AUGACAUGUUCUGGUAUUGUUUGGUAUAUAACGGUUAGUUUUGUGGUUGUUUUACAAGUAAAUGCUUUGCAAAAUACAGAUAUCUUGCCUCCCUACACUGAAAAAGAAAUUAGUGCAAAAAGAAAAGUCAGAGGUCUGGUAAAUUUUGAAACAACUAGAGAUGUAAUAACGGAAGUUUAUGCGCAACCAUCCCCUGAAAGCAUCAUAGAUUUCAUUGACAUUCCUGGCGUGGAACCUCUAUUCAACUUGGGAUUUCAAAAGUGUUGCAAGAACAGCGAGGUUUUCAAUUGGAAUUUAACGUGCGUGGAAAUUGAAGAGAAAAAAUACGAAUACGGCUGGUUUCCCAAACAAUACGUAAGGGAUCAAAAUAUUCAGCAAGCUUUGUACGAUUUGUCCUCGGUUUACAUUGAUAGUAACGAAAAACCGAAAUGCCAAAGAGGAGAAACGAUCCAAGUUGCAUGGAGGGCCCGGAAUGAUUAUGGUAACAAAUAUUACAUCAGAUAUAAAGAUGGAAAUUUGAUUGAAUUUGAUGGGGAACAUGUUUUAGCCAGCUACAAUAAAACGUCAUUUUGUUUGGACGCAGUCAGUGAUAAAGAAAGUUAUUUUAUGGCCCUUAUUUGUCCAUGCAAAGAAGCAGUUUGUUUAAAGAAAUGUUGCCCCCCUGGGCAGUCAUAUGACGUGAAGAAAAGACGCUGCAUUCACUCGAACAUAUUAAAUGGCAUUAUAAAAUUAUUUCAACCAACUUUUUAUCUACCAGAAAAUAGAACAGUGCGACCUGCUUAUCACAUUGUGAGCGUGGAAGAGAAUGUUCUACCUCAAUGCAAGACUCCUUUGAAUAUAGAGCUCAAAGGACUUUUCCAGGCGAACGGAAAAGCGCAGAUAAAUGAGAAAGGAGACGUAGUCCUUGAUAAGGACGAUGCUUUGUAUCGUUUAACAGCGAAUCAAAGGUAUCAAAGUCGAAAACCUGAAAUUCUUGGUGAAUUAUCGGUGAAUAAAUGUCCUGAAGUCAACAAGCCUGAAAAGUCAAAUGAUGUGAUCGAAGAUGACGAAGAAAAAGAUCCUACUUUUCAAUGCAAACCGGUAGAUAUCAAAUUAAAAAUUGAUAAGGUUAAUAAAUUAUUAACGGAAAUUGGUGAACCUCCAAUCAAAAUCAAGAGAGUCUCAAGUGAUAUAGAAUGUCAAAAAGUUUUAACAAAUGUUGUGAGGAAAUUUACAGAUAAUAUUAACAAUAUAAAUAAUGAAAUUGAUCCAAAAGAGCUUUUACUUAAUAACUUUAAAUCUGCUUUUAAUAAUAAAACUAGUAGAGCUGAUAAAAUUCAGGUUUUGACUACGCUUCCUACAGAUUGGUCGAUAAAAAUGAUAAGGAGAGAGUUUAAAGUUUCCAAACGUAUGGUGAUAACUGCAAAAAAAAUGAGACAAGAACGAGGAUUUGCAUCGCAGCCUAAAAUGAAGAAAGGAAAAUCUUUAAACAAUGAAACCCUCGAUCGUAUUGAAGCUUUCUAUUUAUCCGAUGAUGUCAGCCGCGUAAUGCCUGGUAUGAAAGAUUAUGUUUCGAACUGA